AGAGAUGGCGUAAGAGAAGUUUAAUGAAAUAUAAUUUACUGCUCAUGUUUUCCUAAAAACAUGCUUUUUUUCUUGUUCUGUGCAGUGUUGGAGCACUGUAUCACAUAUCGCUUGAAGGAAGAUAAGAUUGUGAAUGAGUGGAUUGCUUUCAGCAUGAAACGAAGUGGAAUUGCACUGAAUGCAGGAAAUGUGGACAUCUUUGAACAUGAGGUCCUUAGUAAAACCGCCAACAAGACUCGGCCAGCAGCAGUCAAACGGAACAUCCGGACACCAAUGCACGACCUGAACACCCUUGAAGAGCUUGUCCAAGCAGAGACGGAGGAAGAGAACUUGCUUGAUUCAUACUGCACACCUGCUAAGGCAGGAUCACAGAAGCGGGUGCUGACCACUCCAGAGCAGCCACAGUCAAAGAAGGUGUCCGUGACCCGCAGUCCACAUCUCCUCUUCUCUCCAGCUUCCUUCUCUCCAAGUCCGAACCCAUCUCCAAAGUACAGUUCCAGAGCUAACCGCGGUGAAGUUGUUGUCUCCUUUGGCACGGCGCAGGGGGCCACAUGGCGAGGCAUGGGGGCCAGGACUGCCAGUGUUCAGCUGCUACUCGCGCCUGAAGACUCAAUCAUCAAACGGUUCAAGUACAUGUUCCAGAAGUUGCGUGACAUCCGUGAUGUUCUCAAUGACGGGAUUGAAGACCUGAGUCAGGUUUUGACAGAUCAUUACAAUAUCGAGGACAUCCAAUCAGUGGCUAUGCCAGCACAGGAACCGGUAACAUUCCUGGGACAAAUUGCGUGCGACAGCAAUGGCAAGCUCAAUGCAAAGUCAGUGAUUUUGCAAGGAGACCUGAAACAUUCGACAGGAAUGCAAGUGCCAGUGGACCUGUCAGAACUGAAGGAGUUUUCCCUCUUUCCUGGACAGGUAGUGGCUGUGGAGGGAACAAACAGCACUGGUCGAUGUAUGGUGGCUUCCCGGCUCUAUGAGGGAGUGCCACUGCCUUUCUACAAACCAGAGGACACUCGUGAAGGUUUGGAGCAGCAGAUGGUUCUUGUGGCCUGUGGACCCUACACCACCACAGACAGCAUCACCUACCACCCUAUGCUGGAUCUGAUAGAUGUCAUCAACAGGGACCAACCAGAUGUCUGCAUACUACUGGGGCCGUUUGUGGAUGUUAAACAUCAGCAGAUUGAGAACUGCCAGCUGACAGUGACCUACCAAGAGGUUUUUAAACAGUGCAUGAAGGGAAUCGUGGAAGGAACGAGGGGCUCAGGGUCACAUCUUGUGGUCGUACCAUCACUGAGGGAUGUUCACCACGAUUUUGUAUAUCCUCAGGCGCCGUUCUACUGCUUUGAGCCGUCUAAAGAAGACAAGGAGCGUGUCCAUUUCGUUUCUGAUCCGUGCACAUUGAACAUCAACGACGUGGUCUUUGGUAUGACUUCAACUGAUGUUCUCUUUCAUAUGGGAGCAGAGGAGAUUAACAGUCCCCCAGGCGGAUCAGACCGAUUUACAAGAAUCCUCAAGCAUAUUCUGACCCAGAGAAGUUACUAUCCUCUGUACCCACCCGCAGAGGAGAUGAACAUAGAUUACGAGUGUCUGCAGUUGUAUGCGCAGCUCCCUGUUACUCCUGAUGUUUUAAUUGUGCCCUCUGAGCUGCGAUAUUUUAUUAAGGAUGUUCUGGGCUGCAUCUGCAUCAAUCCUGGGAGGUUAACCAAGGGCCAGGUUGGUGGGACCUACGGGCGCCUGUUUGUACAGAAACAGAGUAGUGAACAGGCAGAUCGUCAGACUCCCUGUGUGGCUGCACAAGUGGUGAAAAUUUGAUCCUCUCGAGGCAGAUCGACUUUCUCCCAUGGUCCCAAAUAUUGGAGAAUCCCUGGGCCGAAGCAGGAAUGUCAGGCAGGCCUCGCUGAGAGCCACCUCACUCUGCUGGACAUGCUAUUGGCAUUCUUCUCUGGACCCUUCAGCAAAACUCAGUUCAUUUGAGGUCAAACUCGGCAUUUCAUUUGCCUGACACAAAGGACUUGUUGAAACAGGAUGACAUUCGCUCCAUAGUUUACUUCUUUUUUCUCUCUCCCUCUCUCUCUCUCUCUCUCUCUCUCUCUCUCUCUCUUCACCACCCCCCGAUGCAUUGGAGCACUGAGAUGUAAUGUAAAACUCAAUUUUUGAUGAGGUUUCAUGUAAAUAAAUGAUUUGAUUGUUCUGUUGUA